GGCGACGCGGGUUGCUGAGGUUCUGCGCUGCGCUGGGAGUUUGAGACCCAGCGCCGGAACAGAUUCGCCACCGACUCUGCGACGGCCCCUCGCUGAGACCCUAGGUAGAGGCGGACAGAGCAGGGGAGCAGACCUGGUCUCUGCAGCUCAGCCCCGGCGACGGUUCCUGACUCACUCGUGAACACCCGGCUCAGUGUGUCUCUCUGGCAUGAGAAACACCAGCAAGGAGCUGCACGGAGCCACAAGUCGCUAUGCCCCCUGCGACUGGUAUUACCACCAUCCUGUGAAGCGGUCCGAGAAGGCCGUGGAUGCCCCGCCCGCGUCCCAGGUUCCAGGUCUCAGCGAUCUGCGGGCACCCCGCAAUGGGCACGCACUCGGGCCACGGAGGUACUGGGUGAAGGAGACAGACUCGGAGUAUGUGAAGCUGGCGAAGCAGGGUGGCCGGCCCUAUCUAUUGAAGCACUUUGCCCCUGGGACCAGGACGGGCUCCCCCGUUGCCUACUCCUUGCCAGACUGGUACAUCCACCAUAGCAAGCCACCGACGGCUGACCAGAGACAAGUCCCUGCUGUGUCCAUACCUGACUACAUGGUUUAUGAAGAGUUCAGCCCCGAUCAGUCCAGUGGUAACUACGAGUUCAGAAGAGGGCCCUUCGACUUUGACAUGAAGACAGUUUGGCAAAGAGAGGCCGAGGAACUUGAAAAGGAGAAAAGAAAGGUGAGGCUGCCAGCCAUCAAGCCCAAGUAUCCGAGCAAAGUGGGGACCCCACUUGGCCCCAAAGACCCUGCAGGAAGCAAACUGUCCUUUCCACCCAUGCCUGGUCAAAAAACCAGUUCACCCACAAACUUUUCCAAACUUAUUAGCAACGGAUAUAAGGAUGAGUGGUUACAGCAGCGAGCAGACUCGGCCAAGGGCAGCCCGCUGACGACCAGGGCAUCUGCAUCGCCUGCAUCCCCGAAGGAUGCCCAGCAGCCCCCAGACCCAGAGGCUCCCCAGGGCGGCGCCGAGGAAGGCCAAGAGUCUUCUCCUCCAAGUCCAGCAGCAUCUCCUUCCACAUCAGCACCAGCAGGACUCAAAUAAACCCUGAUGCAGCACCUAGGAUCUAGGUUACAGAUGCAUUUAGAAGGCCCCUGCUAUAGGUUAUUAACAUAGAUUCUUAUAAAAUAAUCUUUCUUAGAACAGACUUGACAUCACUGCUGCGUAAACGGUACAAGUGGUGUGUCUUGUUUCUUGUGUCUCUCUGGGAUGUUGGGCAUGUGGCCUUGGAGGCACUGUGCCUUGCUGACCUGGGAUGUCUUAGCAUCUUGGACCAGCCACGUCCUCCUCUUCAUCAGCUGACAUCACCUCCUACCGUACGAGCCUCUGCCGGCACCAUUUCUAUUGAAGUCAAAUGUUUAGACUCUUAAAUAGAAGAAGGUCAUGCAAAUGCCUUAAGCCUUUUUCACUGUUGGGUCCCGUAACUUUGUAGAAAUAUUUUUUCCUGUUACAAAAAAGUAUUUAAUUCCAGAAUAUUGUGAUAUAGUUCAUAUUAAAAAAAGAUGAACUUAUUAU